CAGCCGGGGGGCUCCGCCUGCCCCCGCUGCCCACCCCGUGCUCAGGGCGGGGCUCCAGCAUCUUGCCCCGCCCAUCGGGGCGUGGCGCGGAGAAGUCCAGCCCAGCGGCACCGGGCACCGAUAGCCAUGGCCGCGAGGAUCGUCAAGGAGCUGGAGGAGGCGCGGCGCUGGGGCGGGGCCCGCGGCCUGCGGCUGCAGGACGGGGACGUGCUGCGCUGGACGGGGCUCCUGCUGCCCAACAACCCCCCGUACAACGCAGGCGCCUUCCGCUUCAAGCUGACCUUCUCCCCCCACCACCCACUGGUUCCCCCCCACGCCACCCUCUGCACCCGCAUCUACCAUCCCAGCGUGGACACCGACGGCCACGUCUGUCAGCCCCUCACCUCCGACCAGCACUGGGUGCCCACCACCCGCGCCAUCCAAGUGCUGCAGGACCUGCUGCUGCUGCUGGACAGCCCAGACCCCCAGCGGGUGCUGCGGCCGGAUCUGGCCCGUGAGCUCCAGGAGCGGCCCGAGGUUUUUCAGCGCCGGGCAGAGGAACAUACCCGGUGCCACGCUGAGCGGCGACCAGAACCCUGAGCCCCCCGAACCUGGGGGUGCCCUGGCUUCACCCUCCCUCUCUGUGCCAGCCAGGCUGGCGCUGGCAUCACCCCCACCUUGAUGCUGGGGCAUGGGGGCCCAGCCUGGCACAAUGAGGGGUCCUGGCAACCUACAGGGGCCACCCCACUCUGUACGUAAAUUAAUAAAUCUACUCUUGCUUUGGCA